GCUCGGGAGCUGCUGAAGCUCUGCGCGCGGACCACAGGACGCUCUCACGCGCACCUCACACCCGCCUGGACUAACCAUAUUUUGUGGCCGGACUCGUAGUCCGUCCUGGUCCGACUCGGUCCACCGAAUCUGCCGCAGAGGACGUCCGACCGGAGCGGAGCCCCGCACAGAUCCGCAGCAGCGUUGGCGAUGGAGUGACCCGCCUCCGGCGCCGCUCACCACUCCCGAGGCCGACAUGGCUCUCCUUCUCCUGGGCUUCCUCCUCUCCAUCCUCCAUCCCGCCACGGAGGCCCAGACCGUCAUUGGCUCCUCCUCCUCGUUCCCUCUCGUGGACCCGCCUCUCGAUUCAUCGCCUCCACCGACCAAACACACCGCCAGGUUCUGGCCGUCUCUGGCCCCCAGGGGGCGCAGCGACGCGCCCGUCAGAGCCGGAGCCCGCCAGACGACCACCAACGCAGCGCCGCCGGGGAGGAGGAGGGCGGCGGCGGCGUCUCGUCCCACCGCACAGUCCCCGCCUCCUUUUUUAUCCGCGCUCUCGACGCAGAACCUCAGCAGCGGGCCGAUUCCAUCUGGACCCGCCGCCGCCAGGCCCAGGACCGACACGGCCGCUUUAGCCUUCAGCAGGGCGUCUCCGACGAAAGGCUCGUCGCCUCCGACGCCGCCCACCCCGACCGCCGCCGCCGCCGCCGAGUCCGCGGGCGACAAGCCGGCGGGGGGAAGUCCAGAGGAGGAGUCACUCAAAGAGACGGGGGACGGCGGCGGUUUGCAGGAGUUUGGAUCGGGCGGCGUUCCGUCAGCGACGCCCGCGGGCGACGAAUCGCCCGUUCGGCCGACGGCUUCGGGCGAAACGCCGGACGGCCGGACCGCGGAAACGACCGCCGGUAAAACCUCCACAACGCCACGGACCGAGACCAGAGCCCCGCCUUCGGCGACGCCCACUCGGACCGCCGCAUCGUCAGGUGAGAGAAAUGGAUCGUGCCGGGCGGCGGCGGCGGAAGUCUUUCCUCCGCGUCACGCCUCUUCUCCCUUCUUCAGGUCAACGGGUGGAGGUCGCCAGAGAGACGUCUCCUUCCAAACCGCCCGGAGGCGAAACCGCUCGCCGCCACGCUGCCCGCCGCCCGGGAGGCCGACGGGACGACCCCCAGAACGACGGCAACGGGAAGGAGCGCCGCCCCCGCCCUCCAGGACGGGCGCCUCCUCCGUCGUCCCCGUCACCCAAUCGAGGCCGAGCCCCGGGAACCGCUCCGUCCUCCUGGGGCGCCCCCACCAAGCCCCCGACUCCACGUCUGACCCCGCCCCCUCUCCCUGCGCCCCGCCCCCCCCCAACGGGACGCUCCUCUCCUGGGGCGAUCUGAGCCGGACGCUGGCGUUCGCCUGGGAGCUUCACGUGUACGGCUCGGCGAGCCUCUUCCUGCUGCUGUUUGCCGGCGCCGCCCUCGGCCUCGCGCUGUCCCCGGGGGCCGGCCGCCCCCACCGGGGGGCGCUCGCCCUCGCCAACGCGCUGCUGCUCCUGGCCGCCGGCCUCAGGGCCGCCCUCUUUCUGAUCGACCCCUACGGCGCCCGGCGGCUCCUCCCCCGCCCCGCGGUGACCGCCCUCUACAACCUGCCGCUGCACCUGCUGGUGUGGACGCAGGCCGCCCUGGCCCUGCUGGCCCUGAGGGCGGCGGGGGUCGUCGGCGUGCCGCCCCCCCCCCUGGAGCGCCCCCCGCUGGUGGCCGUGUUGGCCGUGCUGCAGUGCACGCUGCUGCUGGCGGCCGACCUGCUCUCGCCGGCGCUGUCCCCCGUGGUGCCCGUCACCCUGCAGGUGCUGUCGCUGUGCUGGGGCCUGGCGCUCUGCCUCGGCUUCCUCUGCUACGCCUUUCCACGGAUACGGCGGGGAGCGGCCGAGGACUCCGGCGGGACGGCGCGGGCGGGCGGCCGGAGGACGGGGCUGAUGCUGGGCCGGGUGCUGGCGGCGUGCGCGGUGCUGGGGGGCGUGUGCUGCGGGCUGCACCUGCACGCCACCCUGUGGCUCUACGGGCUGCUGGGCAGCUGGACGCGCUUCACCUGGGGCUGGUGGCUGGUGCACUUCUGGGCCCGCCUCCUGGAGCUGGCCUGGGGGUUCUGCCUUCUACUCCUGGGCUCCUGGGUGUUCUGGAGGCCUCCGGGGGGCCACGUCGGGGAGGAAGCUGGACCGGACGGCAGAGCGGCGGGGGCCCCGCCCUCCCCUGGACAGCCCACCGGAUCCCCUCAGAGACACACCUGCUGGUCCAAGAUAGUCCAGAGCCUGACGGGGAAGCCCUGUCGAAAGUCUGACAGUAAUGGCGUGGUAGGAGGAGGAGGAGGAGGAGGAGGAGGAGCUGGCGAGGUGCCUAACAACUGGGCCGGUCAGGAUCACUCCGGAGCCGACAUCAGCAAGAGUCUGAUCAGGAACCAGAACCACGAGCCGGCCGGCCUGAAAGACAGCAACCAGGGCCGGAACCACGGCGGCGUGUCCGACGGCUCCACCGGCUCCCUGCUGCGGCUGCAGGCUCUGGGUCGGGCCCCGCGGCGCCCGGCGAGCGGCGGCCCGGACCCGGACGGGGACACGUCGCUGUCUCUGUACGAGUUUGACUUGCGGCCCCCGUCUCCCAUCGACCUGACCCGCAGCAUCGACGAGGCCCUGAACAGGGAGCACCUGUUCGGAGGAGGAAGCCUGUUCCGUCCCCUGAACCCGGCCUCGCGGUCCCCCUCCCCGGGGUCAGGGGUCAGCCCGGGGCCGUGGCGCCGCAGGAACAGCGAUCCCGAGCUGCUGUCCGAGAGCAGCGACGCCCCGACGGAGUCCUCCGUGCCACUAGGGGGCAGCAUUCUCAGCAGCGUGCCCAGCAGGCAGGUGACCGCUCGCGACGCCCACCAGGGUCACCGCUGGGCGGGCGCGUCCUCGGCGUCCUGCCCGCCUCGCUGCGGCCCUCGGGGACCUGGGGAGGAGGACGGCGUGACGACACGGCCCUUCAUCACGCCGGACUCGGAGAGGGGCGGGAGGCGGAGGCCGGGGUCGCGGAGUUACCUGGAGGUCAGCCGCAGGGACGACUCUGGCAGCGUCAGCAGUGAGAUCAUUGACCUUUGACCCCGACGGCCACGUUCACCACGACUCAGAGGACUUUAGGAGAGCAGGAGCUGAGAGAUGAAGCACACACACACAGACACACACACACACACACACACACACACACACACACACACACAGACACACACA